AAUGGUGAAUAACACUGAAGACCCUCAAGAGGCUUUGUAACGUCCCAUCCUCAUGUAAAGUAUGCUUAGAACUUUUCCAGUAGUCUGUGGAAGUAUGUUGGAGUUCAGUAUUAAAAUCACCACUUGAAAUUGUAAAGAUCUGGUUCACAGCAGGAGAGAAGUCUGAAGCCUGCUGGAAACCAUGUCUCACUACACAGACGAGCCAAGAUUCACCAUAGAGCAGAUCGACCUCCUGCAGCGCCUGAGACGCACGGGAAUGACCAGGCAUGAGAUCCUGCACGCCCUGGAAACCUUGGACCGUCUGGACCAAGAGCACAGCGACAAAUUUGGGAGAAGAUCCGGCUACGGGGGCGGCUCCUACGGCAACAGCACCAACAACGUGCCGGCGUCGUCCUCGACGGCCACGGCUUCCACGCAGACGCAGCACUCGGGGAUGUCGCCGUCCCCGAGCAACAGUUACGACACCUCCCCACAGCCUUGCACUACGAAUCAGAACGGGAGGGAGAGUAACGAGAGGUUGUCUGCCUUCAACGGGAAGAUGUCGCCCACCCGCUACCCGCUGGCCAACAGCCUGGCCCAGAGGUCCUACAGCUUCGAGGCUUCCGAGGAGGACUUGGACAUCGACGACAAAGUGGAGGAGCUGAUGAGGAGGGACAGCAGUGUGAUAAAGGAGGAAAUCAAAGCCUUCCUCGCCAACCGGAGAAUUUCCCAAGCAGUUGUUGCACAGGUAACAGGUAUCAGUCAGAGCCGGAUCUCCCAUUGGCUGUUGCAGCAGGGGUCGGACCUGAGUGAACAGAAGAAAAGGGCAUUUUACAGAUGGUACCAGCUUGAGAAGACAAAUCCUGGGGCUACACUAAGCAUGAGACCCGCUCCCAUCCCAAUAGAAGAGCCAGAAUGGAGACAGACGCCUCCCCCAGUCACAGCUACCUCUGGGACCUUCAGACUACGGCGAGGCAGUCGGUUCACGUGGAGAAAGGAGUGCCUGGCUGUUAUGGAGAGUUACUUCAAUGAGAAUCAAUAUCCCGACGAGGCAAAGAGAGAAGAAAUUGCCAACGCCUGUAAUGCAGUUAUACAAAAACCAGGAAAAAAGUUGUCGGAUUUGGAGCGAGUUACCUCCCUCAAAGUGUACAACUGGUUUGCCAACAGGAGGAAGGAGAUCAAGAGAAGAGCCAAUAUUGAAGCAGCAAUCCUGGAGAGCCAUGGAAUAGAUGUACAGAGUCCAGGAGGUCACUCCAACAGCGACGACGUGGACGGCAACGACUACUCGGAGCAGGACACUUGGCAAGUACGCAACGGGGAGGAGGAGGGACGGUGUUCCGAGGGAGGCAGAGAAGCAGAGAAGGUAGAAGAAGACAGGAGGAUCUGCUCCAAACAAGAUGACAGCACUAGCCAUAGUGACCACCAAGACCCCAUUUCCUUAGCAGUGGAGAUGGCAGCAGUCAACCACACCAUCCUGGCGCUGGCCCGGCAAGGAGCCAACGAGAUCAAGACAGAGGCUCUGGACGACGACUGAUGCCAAGAGAGGGGAGGGUCAAAGCAAGAAGUAACUUAGUUUUAGACGUAGCACCUUAGCAGACUUUCCUCAGUCCUUAAUAUGUGUUCUUACAGUAUAACUUUGCAGUUUCUUGUACGUCAGUUAGCUGUUAGGGUCUUGUUCUGUGAAGAUGGCAUGGUGCCCUCAGCCUUUGCAUAUACUCUCUCAGUAUUAAUUCCCAAUAAAUAAUCAAUCAACCAACCAACCUCCCUCUCCCGGCCCCCAGUGGCUAGAAAGGUAAAAUUAAAAAAAAAAAAACAAAAAAAAGAAAAAAAAAAGAGAAAAAAAAAAUCUUGCUGCUCUGUCUUAGCAUUCAAAGUGCUUCCAGGUAUUUUAGACAGCCCUCAAUUACAAGUCUUUAGGCUACACUUAAAAUCUUGGAUAACCUUAGAGAUGGUGUUGAAGCCGAUAGUCCGUACGCUUUCCCUGCCCUGAGACUGAAAGGAUGCAAGCUGAGGUAGUGGCACAGGGUCGAUGGACACCAGACUGGGAGUAUCAACAGAGAGUAAAAAGAACACUUAGAAACCCCACUCCAGCAUGGGAAUAAAUGAUUUCCAGCUGCAAUAA